GGGAGCUGGUUAGAGAAGUCGCUCACCAACACCGCCCCCUCCAUCAUUUCUGUAAUCGAGCGUCGAGCUGCACGAUCUGCACCUCUGCAUUAUGCGCGUUUGGUGUCGGUGGGAAUUCUCGGUAAACACAGCAAAUACUGGCACAGAGCUCCAGCCCCUUCGCAUCCCCCACAAAUAGCUAGUGUGUGCGCGGAGCAGGAGGCGGUCUGUCCUGUUUAUCAAGAAAAUGAUUCGACACGGCUGUGCCGUUUGCUCAGCGCUCACGGUUAUGGAGGCGAGUCCAGAAACCAUAACGAGCUGAGAGAGGGGGAGACGCCAGAUAUCUUAAUGAACGUCAUAAGUAAGGUUGGGUGGCCAUGGACCCUUUCAGCCAGCUUAUUCUCAUCAUCUCGGUGACCAGCUUCUUCACCUUCCAGUGGCUCUUCCACAGAGUCAGCCCCUGGUUGUCUGUACGCAUCAGUCCUGGCUUCCUUGGCCUCAGCGACAAGCAGAAGGUGGAAUGGAACUCGAGGACAGUAUCAACGUUUCACGCCUUGUUGGUGGGAAUAUUCUGUCUUUACAUUCUGUUUUUUGAUGAUGCUGUCAAUGAAGAUCCAGUUUGGGGAGAUCCUACACUGGUCAAGACAAACGUGGCAAUUACAACAGGCUACCUCAUAUCGGAUUUGCUGCUGAUAUUUUAUUAUUGGAAGGCAAUAGGCGACAAGUUUUUUGUAGUUCAUCAUCUGGCAGCGUUGUAUGCUUACUACUAUGUACUGGGCCAAGGAAUGUUGCCUUAUUUUGCUAACUUCCGCCUGCUAGCUGAGUUUUCUACACCGUGUGUAAACCAGCGCUGGUUCUUUGAGGUGUUGGGUUAUCCCAAGUCCUCCCGGCCCAACAUGGCAAAUGGCGUUGCCAUGGCAGUGGUGUUUUUCCUCGUCCGCAUCGGUGUCAUGCCAGUCUACUACAGUCGCAUGUAUGCGGUCUAUGGCACUGAGGCCUUCUACCUGGUGCCAUGGGGUGGUCGUGUAGCCUGGAUCUGCUCCAGCAUCUGCUUGGACAUUAUGAACAUAAUGUGGAUGCAUAAGAUCGCCCGUGGAUGUUACAAGGUCCUACGAUCAGCACACCGGAGCAAAGCUGGCGCACCUCAGGAAAAUGGCAAGACGGAUUAAGAGAACCAGGUGUCACUGGUGAGAACAUGCCACAGCAGAAACACUGACAACACUAUGUGCAGCGGCUCGUAGCAAGUUGGACCCUGGAAUGCAAGGCUGCUUCAUUAGCAGCCUACCUGGGACUUGAGAUUACAGGACCACACGCAGUGAGGGAACUUGAAAGCAGGCACAGUGACCGAGAUGUACCAAUGGACCAUUUAAAAUGGCCAUCCCAAAGCCAUGAAAUGACCUCUUAGCAAUACUGUGUGCAUGGCCAAUUAUUUUUCUUGUGAACGAUUUACCAGAAGAGGUCAUCCCGGGACAAAGCGGCUGUUAGCCCAACGACAAAUUGUCAAAAAGUUUACCAUUCUUUACGAACUUCGUGAUCAACAAAAGACUUUUGUAUUAAUGCUGCUGUCUGAGUCGCAGAAUGAAAAUGAUGAAAUAGAAGGUGUUGGUGAGGUAAAUAUGUGAGGAAACCUCCAAAGCAUUUUGUGAAUCCACAUUGAUGGUCAGUGUCAUAAAAUCCUUGUUAGAUGCCAUUUGA